AUGCAGACUGCUUGUACAAAUAUUUGUGAAAGAAUGGGUCGCUCUCAGGAGCUCAGUGACUUCAAGCGUGGUACUGUGAUAGGUUGCCACCUGUGCAAUAAGUCCAUCCAUGAAAUCUCCUUGCUGCUAAAUAUUCCACAGUCAACUGUUAGUGGUAUUAUAACAAAGUGGAAGCAACUGUAAACAACAGCAACUCAGCCACCAAGUGAGCGGGGUCAGCGCAUGCCGAAGUGCACAGUGAGCAGAAGUCACCAACUGUCUGCAGAGUCCAUAGCUCCAAACUUCAUGUGGCCUUCAGAUUAGCACAACAGUGCAUAGAGAACUUCAUGGAAUGGGUUCCAUGAC